AUGAUGGCGAUCAUCGGGAUGUUCUUCCAGGACGGUUUGACUGGCUCUGCGUGGGGCGACUGGGCGCUCUACACCGCCUCUCCGCUGCGCGCGUUCGAGAGCGAGCUGGGCGUUCAGGACCCGGUGGGCUUCUGGGACCCUGCUGGGUUCACGGCAGACGGCAGCACGGAGAAUUUCGCGCGCCGCCGGCAGACGGAGCUGAAGCACGGCCGCGUGAGCAUGUUGGCGACCAUGGGUUACAUCACGCCCGAGAUCACUGGCAAGCUGCCCGGCUACUUGUCGCCUUCGGCUGGCCUGAAGUUCGCGGACGUCCCGAACGGGCUCGGGGCGAUCUCCAAGGUUCCCGCAGCGGGCUGGGCGCAGAUCGUGGCGUACGGCGCGUUCUGCGAGCUGUCCCAGGACCAGUCCGCUGGCACCGCUGCCGCCGCUGGCGACUUCGGCUUCAAGGUGCUGACGUCCAGCGACCCCGCGGAGAAGCAGAAGAAGUUGGCGGCGGAGAUCGCGAAUGGCCGUCUUGCUAUGAUGGCGAUCAUCGGGAUGUUCUUCCAGGACGGUUUGACAGGCUCUGCCUGGGGCGACUGGGCGCUCUACACCGCCUCCCCGCUGCGUGCGUUCGAGAACGAGACGGGCGUGCAGGACCCGAUGGGUUUCUGGGACCCGGCGGGCUUCACAUUUGACGGGAACUCGGAGAACUUCUCGCGCCGCCGGCAGACGGAGCUCAAGCACGGUCGCGUGUCCAUGUUGGCCACCAUGGGCUACAUCACCCCCGAGGUCAGCGGCAAGUUCCCUGGGUACUUGUCCCCGUCUGCAGGAAUCAAAUUCGCGGACGUCCCGAACGGGCUCGGUGCGAUCUCUAAGGUUCCCGCAGCGGGCUGGGCGCAGAUCGCGGCGUACGCCGCGUUCUGCGAGCUGUCCCAGAACCAGGCCCCGGGCACGCCUGGCGCGGCGGGCGACUUCGGUUGGAAGGUGCUCACCGCCAGCGACCCCGUGGAGAAACAGAAGAAGUUGGCUGCUGAGAUCGCGAAUGGCCGUCUUGCCAUGAUGGCGAUCAUCGGGAUGUUCUUCCAGGACGGUUUGACUGGCUCCGCCUGGGGCGACUGGGCGCUCUACACCGGAUCCCCGCUGCGCGCGUUCGAGAGCGAGCUUGGAGUGCAAGCCCCCGUGGGCUUCUGGGACCCUGCUGGCCUCUCGAAGGACGGUGAUGCUGCAGCCUUCAAGCGCCGACGCUCCACGGAGAUCAAGCAUGGCCGCGUGUCGAUGCUGGCGACGAUGGGCUACAUCACGCCCGAGGUCGCUGGCAAGUUCCCAGGGUACCUCAGCCCGUCCAAGGGCCUCGCUUUCGAGGAUAUCCCGAAUGGCCUUGCAGCCAUUUCCAAGGUACCUUUCCUCGGGUGGCUUCAGAUUGUUAUCUACUGCCUGUACGUCGAGGCGUCUGGCCUUGGCUUCAACUACAUCGGCACUGAGCAGACGCCCGGCGACGUGGGCUGGAAGCCGCCCCUGCUCUCUGGCUUUGACGGCGAGGCGAAGACAAAGAAGCUGAAUGCGGAGAUCGCCAACGGCAGGCUGGCGAUGGUGGCGAUCAUCGGGAUGUUUUUUCAGGAUGGCCUGACUGGCAGCGCGUGGGGUGACUGGGCGCUCUACACAGACUCGCCGCUGCGCGCAUUCGAGAGCGAGUUGGGCGUGCAGGCGCCGUUGGGCUUCUGGGAUCCAUUGGGGCUCUCUGCUGAUGGCGACGUGAAGUCCUUCAAGCGCCGCCGAUCUGUGGAGAUUAAGCACGGCAGAAUCUGCAUGAUGGCGACCAUGGGUUACAUCACGCCAGAGGUUGCUGGAAAGUGGCCAGGUUACAUCAGCAAGUCUGAAGGGUUGAAGUUCGCCGACAUCCCGAACGGUUUGGCGGCCAUCUCCAAGGUGCCAGGACUAGGUUGGCUGCAGAUCGCCUCUUGGUUUGCAUUCUGUGAGAUCCAGCAGGGCUACGACGCGGAUGCCAAGACCGAGCCGGGCAAUGUUGGGUGGAAGCCUCCAUUGUUGGUUUCUGCCGACCCUGAGACACGGAAGCGCAGGCUGAACGCUGAGAUCGCCAACGGUCGCCUGGCCAUGAUGGCGAUCAUUGGCAUGUUCUUCCAGGACGGCUUGACUGGCUCCGCGUGGGGCGACUGGGCGCUCUACACAGACUCGCCGCUGCGCGCGUUCGAGAAUGAGCUUGGCGUGCAGCCGCCGACUGGAUUCUGGGACCCUGCGGGCUUCACGAAGGAUGGCGAUGCGGAUGCAUUCAAGCGCCGCCGGUGUGUUGAGAUCAGGCAUGGCCGCAUUUGCAUGCUGGCGACGAUGGGCUACAUCACCCCAGAGAUAACCGGGAAAUUUCCAGGGUACCUGUCUUUGGACGAGAAGAUCCUAUUUGAGGAUGUCCCGAAUGGUCUUGCAGCCCUCUCCAAGAUCCCAGUUGGUGGAUAUCUUCAGAUCCUCGCGUACUGCGGCUAUUGCGAGUUCAGCGGUACUGGGGUGAAAGACGGUAUCUUUUACGCUGGUAGUAGCGGUGCGCUGAAAGAUGGCGAGGCGGAGCCGGGCAACGUUGGUUGGAAGCCUCCCCUCCUCACCAGCGCGGACCCUGAGGUCCGCAAGCGCAGGCUCAACGCGGAGAUUGCCAACGGCCGCCUGGCCAUGAUGGCCACCAUCGGCAUGUUCUUCCAGGACGGCUUGACCGGCUCUGCCUGGGGCGACUGGGCCAACUACACGGACUCGCCGCUGCGCGCGUUCGAGAACGAGCUCGGCGUGCAGCCGCCCGCGGGCUUCUGGGACCCUGCGGGCUUUACCGCCGAUGGCAGCGCGGAGGAUUUUGCUCGGAGGCGCGCCACCGAGAUCAAGCACGGCCGUAUCGCCAUGCUGGCGGCCAUGGGCUACAUCACCCCCGAGCUGAUCGGGCCUUUCCCGGGGUACCUGUCCCCGCAGGCGGGCCUCAAGUUCGCGGACGUCCCGAACGGCCUCGGCGCCCUGUCCAAGGUGCCGCUCGGGGGCUGGGGCCAGAUCUUCUUGUACUGCGCCUACGUGGAGAUCUCCCAGGACCAGACGGUCCCGGGCUCCCCCGCCUCCCGCGGAGAGUUCGGCUUCACGCUGCUGUCGUCGCCCGACCCCGCGGAGAAGCAGAAGAAGUUGGCGGCGGAGAUCGCCAAUGGCCGGCUGGCAAUCACGAAUGAUGGCGAUCAUCGGCAUGUUCUUCCAGGACGGCUUGACUGGCUCUGCCUGGGGCGACUGGGCGCUCUACACCGGAUCCCCGCUGCGCGCGUUCGAGAGCGAGAUCGGUGUCCAGGCUCCUGUCGGCUUCUGGGACCCCAUGGGCCUGAGCUCCGACGGGGACGUCGCCACCUUCAAGCGCCGCAGGACGACUGA